CGGCCCGUGUCUUCAAAGACAGCCAACGCAUUCUUUGUAUAUCGCAAAGCAUACGUUAAAGAACUCAAGCGUCAAGGGAAAAGGAUAAAGAUAACUCAAAUAUCCGGGGUAAUAUCAUACUCAUGGUCUCGCGAGCCGGAAAAAAUAAGAAGUGCUUACAAGAACAUCGCCGAUGAAGCAAGCGAAGUGUUCAAGAAAGAGGAACGACAACAUCAACAGCCAGUAUUACUGCGGUCAAAAGUGAUACAGCUACCCCACGAUGCGAUGAUAACCCCAAAUCAAUUCAACAUGACCCUGCCUCAGGCUAAUGUCGGGAAUUUGCGAAAGUCAAAAAAGGAAAUUGCCCAGAAAUUUUCCAGGUUUCAGCCGUAUUCGAUAGUGUAUCCGCCAGCAUAUUCAUACCGUCAAUCACCUUCAUUCGAAACAAUUUAG